AGUAAGUCCCUCUUUCUUUUCUACCUUUGUUUUAUAAACAGACGUUGCAGUGAUGGGUGUAAAAUUAUCAGCCUGUGCAAUAUUUUUAUUAUUAUCUUGGCAAUUUUUCAGGGCAAUGGCCGAAAACGACCGAAUCGUCUUCCCCGAUGAAGUUGACGGCGCAAAGGCCAAAGUUGCUGAAGAAACCAAAGAAACAACGACCAACUCCAUCGAAGAACCUCCCAUAGAAGCAAGCACUAUUCAACUGAGGAACAUGAUCCAAGUACCAGGGAACUGCCCACCAGGCCAGAAAAUGGGCGCUGAUGGAAUUUGCCGCGACGUAUUCUAAAAGACGUAUGACCUCAAGGCUUUAGUUAUAGGUUUACUUUUCAUCAGAAUUUCUCAAUUAUUUUGUAUGGAACUCAUAAAUUCGAAUCAUCCCACUGAUUGAAAUUCGGUGUAAUCUAUUUAAGCAGUAUUAUUUGUUUGGAUUAAAUUAUUUUUAAUUAAUUAUUAUUAUUGUGUGUUGUGUUUAUUGUUUCUUAAUAAACAAUGGUAUCAUUUUCAAGUA